AGAGACAUAUUUUCUGUAUUGAGAAGUUCUGCAGCAUUUCAUGCACUUCAGGAACUGUUCACUAGUCAUGUGAGGAAACUGGGCGGUGUGGAUGUGAUAGCAGCACUGGAGUCUAGGGGUUUCCUGUUCGGCCCCACACUAGCUCUGGAGCUUGAUUUGCCAUUUGUUCCUAUCCGGAAGAAAGGCAAGCUCCCUGGGAAAGUCAACCAAGUUGCUUUUACACUAGAAUAUGGGAUUGAUACAUUUGAGAUACAAACAGAAAGUAUUCUUCCUAGUCAAAAAGUGGUGCUACUGGACGACCUGCUGGCCACUGGAGGCAGUUUGGCAGCAUCGUGUCAGUUGAUUACACAACUUGGGGCCGAGGUUGUGGAGUGUCUCGUGGUCAUAGAAUUGACAGAUUUGAAAGGCCGAGACAAAAUUCCAGCUCCUGUACAUUCUUUCAUUCAAGAGACAGAAAGCUAGUCAGUAGAGAUAUUCAGUCAGUUUAGUCAGUAAUAAUUUUACAUUCCACAAUUUGUGAUAUUGUAAGUUUUUGGUGCAUUCAAAAUAUCAACUGAAGUGACUAACACUAAGUCAGGUUAAUAUAAUAUAAGACAAUAUUAACUUUUUAAUAACACUAUUAGGUCUGUAGUUACCAUUUUUUAACUACUACAUUGUAACUCAUUUUAAGAUUUUUUAUUGUAUCAUUUACCUCUUUCUGAUCCAUUCCAUUGUUAUUAUGAGUCUAAUUUUUUUUAUUUACCAUGAUUUCAUUUUACUAUUUGAACAUGUAUACUGAAUGAACACUUAUAAAAGUC